CUUCCAUCCCGUUGCCUCUUCGUAUCUAAUAAUAAAACCCCAGUCCAGCCAGUCAUUCCAUCGUUAGUCGCUCUCUUACCCCAAAAUGGAUGCUUCUAAACCAACGAACAUUCGACCAGUCAGUCUUCCAUCCCAUAAGGCGCGCGCAACCUCGCACUCGCUCGCUCCAUUACCGCAUUCAAUCGAUCUCGAUGUGACUCGACUCGACUUGACAGCUCAGCGGUCGUGGCGAUCCUCCACAACAUUCAUCGGAUUGGCAAUCCAUUUUGUAAGUUGUUGUAGCAUGUCAGUCUUCCAAUAUUGGAUUACAAGACGACCGAUCAGUGCCCUCCUCGUCGUAGCGCUCGCUUCCUCUAGGCGUAGGCGUAUCUGUGAUGUUACCUUUGAACCGUCGUAGUUUUGCUUAGUUUUUUUUUUCCUCUUUCGAUCAAUCGCUAUUGAAGCCCAUUCUUCAGCAAUAACGAUGCGCCCACUGUAGUUGACGCUCUUACUGCAAUUU